CACUGGUCAAGCUGGUCAUCUUCAACUCCGGACACAGAAGGAACAGAAGAAGCCGACAUGCGUCUGUUUGUGGUAGUCGCUCUGGCCGUGCUGGCCCUUGCUGAGUCCCUUCCUUCGAAGAGGGGCCUCGGCGAAGACGCCAAAAACACGAUCUUGGGAGAACUUGAGGAGCUGGUGUCUGCUGAGAAGGAGGAGGAGGCGCUGGAAAGUAAGAAGAAGCGCGAAGAAGAAGAGGAGGCGUAUGACGACUUCCCACUGGACAUCGCUUUUAACGGGGACGGUGGAGCGUUCCUCGGCCUUGUCCUGGACCCCGCCUGCGCCGUGUGGGUGGUAGGGGCAGCCCAGGAAACUGGCGGUUAUCUUGCAGAGGGAAUCAACAUCUACGAUAUGGCGGCGUAUUUCUUCGAUGAAGGGAAUCACUGGAUGAUGGGAUAUCCCAUGACAACUGACGAGGCCAUCGCCACCGUGUCGUGCAUCUACGGAGCGGACCCACCAGCAUGUUCUUACGACGGAACUGGAUGCGACAUUUCGAGUUACGUCGACUCCCUGUCCGGUGGGGAUGUGGCCGGGUACGGUAUGGGUAUGACUGAAGCCAUCAGCUUGGUCGAACCUCACAUCGCCGAAGAUUUUUCCAUCGACUCAGACGCGGUGUAUGCUGAUGCCGCUGCGGACGCUAACGCCGAGUACCAUGAGGGACAGCUGGUUGGGUACGAGGAGGCUGUGAAUGGCGUGUCUGAAGCUCUCGGUGUUGAGUCCCCAAUACCGGAGGAGAAGAAGGCGCUGGCACAGAAGAAGGGCACCAAGAUUGCUGAACUACUGCAGAAGCUCCGAGGUGUCCUGAGGCGCCGCAAGUAAACCCGAGCGGGGCACCAAAGCUGGACCGGCACCUGACCCUAGACCGACUGGAGGAACAUACAUCGAAUUCGAACAUUAACACCUAACUCUAUAAUAUUUUAGUAUGAUACAGUUACUAUAAUAAUUACAACGUCUAUACAUUUUCGCAGACAGGGGAACACCCCAACAUAUUACUCCAAAGCCUCCCGUUAGUCUACGACACGGAAAAAUGGAUUACGAAUAGUGAGAAUUUUGUCUUUUUGAACGAUUAGUACUUGUUUGUUUUCAACGUAGGUUUGUAACUUGGCCAUGGUAAUUCUCUUUUCAUUUCAUAUUGAAAUACAAAGUUGGGCGAUUCAACAACUCUCUCUCUUUAUCAAUGCUACAAAUGUCGAAAUGGCAAGUAUGCAUGUAGAUUUCCUAAAUGUUUCCUAAAUAUCUUAAGCAAUAAAAAGCAUCCUAUGCAA